CUCGGCACCCAGGGGCCGGGCCAGCCCUCCCCCACCCCCUCUUCCCCCGGCGCCUUCCUCCCUUCCCCAGCGCCGCCGCCGGCUCCCGCCCGCGCCUGGCUAGUCUGUCCCGGGCCUGUCGGGGGGAGCAGCCCGGCUGCCACCCGGCCCCCUCCCCCGUCCCUCCCCUCUGCUCCCCGUGACUCAGGAGUGACUCAGACGCUCCAGGAAUCUGGCGGAGCGGGUGGUUUCGCAGCCACGGCCCAGCCCGGCCCGAGUCUGGCCUCCCCGACGGGACGAGACGGGCCGCGAGAAAGAGCUCGGCAGGCUGGCUCCAUGCUGACUCUGGAGAGCCCCCUUCCUGGCAGGGAGAGCAGGGAAGUCUUGGAGUCUCCUGGCGAGAGGGACAGCCUGUGGACCGGUGGGGAUCCAGGCAGCCCGUGCCCCUUUCGGAUGGUCUACGCUCUCAAGCCGCUCCGUUCCCAGGGCACUCUCUUUGUCCCAGGGCUACCUGUCACCGCACAGGUGGAGGGUACUGAGAGAUACACCACUGGGUCUAAGGUGCGGCCAAAUACCGUGUACUCCCUACGGCUGACGCAUGGGGAAUUCACCUGGACCAUGAAAAAGAAGUUCAAACACUUCCAAGAACUGCAUCGGGACUUGAUGAGGCACAAGAUUCUCAUGUCCUUCCUUCCUCUCUCCCGGUUUGCUCUGCAGGGUUCCCAUUUGGGAGGAACAUCCCUGGAAUUGCCUUCUCUGCCUCACGGGAGUGGAGGUGACGGUGCCCGGCGACCCUCCAGCAAACAGAAGCAGCUUGAAAGCUAUCUCAAUGCACUGCUGGAGAUACAGCUGUAUCGGGACUACCACGCCAUGACAGAAUUCCUGGAUGUGAGCCAGCUCUCCUUCAUUCCAGAGCUGGGACCCAAGGGGCUGGAAGGCCUGAUCCUCAAACGGUCCGGAGGGCACCGGAUCCCCGGUCUGAACUGUGCAGGGCACCACAAGUUCUGCUUCCGCUGGUCUAAAAGGUGGCUGGUGGUCAAGGACUCCUUCCUUUUGUACCUGAAGCCAGAGUCGGGGAACAUCUCCUUCGUGCUGCUCUUCGACCCGGGGUUCAGCAUUCAAGUGGGCCAGAAGCCCACCGAGACCAAAUACGGGGUCCGGGUGGACAACACGUGCAGGUCACUGGUCUUGAAGUGCAGCAGCUACCGCCAGGCCUGCUGGUGGGCUCAGGAGAUCUCCGACCUGGCGGAGAACAGAGGCCGAGACUUCCUGCGGCUGCAUCGCCACCACGGGUUUGCACCUGUUCGCACGGAGACCCCUAGCCGCUGGUUUGUGAACGGCGCUGGAUAUUUUGCUGCUGUGGCAGAUGCCCUGCUGCAGGCCAGGGAAGAGAUCUACAUCACAGACUGGUGGCUCAGCCCAGAGAUCUACAUGAAGCGCCCAGCCCAGACGGACGACUGGCGGUUGGACCUCAUUCUGAAGCACAAGGCAGAGGAGGGGGUGCACAUCUGCGUCCUGCUCUUCAAGGAGGUGGAGCUGGCUCUGGGCAUCAACAGCGACUACAGCAAGAAGGCCCUGAUGCUGCUGCACCCCAACGUCAAGGUCAUGCGCCACCCUGACCAUGUCUCCUCCACUGUUGUUUUGUGGGCCCACCAUGAGAAGCUGGUGGUGGUGGACCAAUCCGUGGCCUUCCUGGGGGGGCUGGACCUGGCCUAUGGGCGCUGGGAUACCCACGAGUACCGGAUAGCAGACCUGGGUGGUGACGACUGCUCCAACUCCAAGGGCGGGGUGGCCCCAGCUGGAGGGCAUGACGUCUCCUUUGACUUGGCCACCAACCAGCACCUCUGGCUAGGCAAGGACUACAGCAACCUCAUUUUCAAAGACUGGGUGCGGCUGGACAAGCCUUUCGAAGAUUUCAUUGACAGGAACCAGACGCCUCGGAUGCCUUGGCGGGAUGUGGGGGUGGCUGUUCACGGCGCAGCUGCGCGAGACGUCGCACGCCAUUUCAUCCAGCGCUGGAACUUCACCAAGAUAAUGAAGACGAAGUACAAAGGGCCCGACUACCCUUACCUUCUCCCCAAGUCCCCGCGAGUGACUCUGCCUCUACCGUUCCUUGUUCCAGGGGCUCAGACCGCCAGCGUCCAGGUGUUGCGUUCGGUGGAUCGCUGGUCAGCCGGCCUCAGUGAGUCAUCAAUCUACCAGGCCUACCUGAGUGUCAUUGAGGGAAGCCAGCAUUACCUGUACAUUGAGAACCAGUUCUUCAUCAGCUGCGCAGACAGGCGAUACGUGCACAACACUGUGGGGGACGCCGUUGUCAACAGAGUGCUGCGUGCUCACAGGGAGAAGAAGCCGUUCCGGGUCUAUGUUCUGCUCCCCCUUCUGCCUGGAUUCGAGGGGGACAUUGACCAAGGGGGUGGCAACUCCAUCCAAGCUAUCUUGCACUUCACCUACCGGACUCUCUGUCGUGGGGACUCUUCCAUCGUCAGCCGCCUGAAGGCAGUCAUGGGGGACGACUGGAAGAACUACAUCUCUUUCUGCGGGCUGCGGACACACGGCCAGCUGCACAGCCAGCUGACCACCGAAUUGGUCUACGUGCACAGCAAGCUGCUCAUUGCGGAUGACCGGCGUGUCAUAAUUGGUUCCGCAAACAUCAACGAUCGCAGCCUGCUGGGAGAGAGGGACAGUGAACUGGCAGUCCUGGUGGAGGACACGGAAUUGGUGGCGUCUGUCAUGGAUGGGCAGGAGUACCAGGCAGGGAAGUUUGCUCUGAGCCUGCGCCUCGACUGCUUCAGGUGCCUUUUGGGUGUGGCCUCUGAACUUGCCAUCAACAUUCAAGAUCCAAUCAGUGACCACUUCUUCCAUGAGGUCUGGCAAGCUACAGCCUUAGGCAAUGCCAACAUCUAUGAGCAGGUUUUCCGCUGCCUCCCCACCGAUGCUGUACGGUCGCUCCGGGCUCUGCGGGAUUAUGUCAGCGUGAAGAACUUGGCUUCCAUCAGCCCUCACCUCGCCCACGAACACUUGCAACAGAUACGAGGCCACCUGGUUCAGUUCCCCCUGGACUUCCUGGCUGAGGAGUCUCUCCUGCCCGCCAUGAGCAGCAAGGAGGGCAUGAUCCCCAUGGCCGUGUGGACUUGAAGGGGGGGCGGGGGGAGCCAAGGCCAGUGGGGCAGUGGUCGGAGGCAAGCCGUGGCCCCCGGCUGCCCUUCCGCCACUCGGCUUGGAGAGCCAGGCUGUCCGUCUUCAGCCAGUCCGCCGCUUUCCAUGCCCCCCUUCAAGAAACAAAGAAGAGACUAUUAACUGACCAUCUGAAAAGCCAUUCCCUUUCCACUGCCGGAGCAGUGGGACCCAAGUUUGCCCUCGUAAGGACCCUUUCCCCAGUGUGAGGGCAGUCACACACUCCAACCCCCCCCCCUCCAGGAGCUUGGAGGAAAGGCUGAGGGACCCCAAGCAGCCCGUGGCUCCCGCUCUUCCCUCCUGUUUGACUCCACGGCCCAGCACAGCGGGACCAACCCGCCCCUAGGACUCUGCUGCUUCAGAAUCAUUUUCGAAAUUGGUUGACACUACGCCUUCCAAGCGGCCUAGAACUGCCGAGGAAUAACGCUGGGAGUUUUUGUUCUGAGGCUUCCGGCAAGACUUUGGCCUGAUUUGUCCCAGCACUUGAAACUAGUUUGAAUGUGUUGGGAAGAUCCGGGUAUGACUCUGCAGCUGGCCUUGGCUCCCCCCCACCCCCACCCACAGAAUCCUGGCGCUGACCGGGGUGGGGCACAUCCUGGCUGCAUUGCUGCAGGGGACUGUAAUGUCCUGCGGGUCUUCUGGUGCUCCGUCGCUGCUGCUUCAUUGCGGGCAAAAUCUAUUUUUGCUUUCCAGGGUAGAUGUUGGCUCCCUUACGACCAUAUAGAAUAAACAUGUUUCCAUA